CAGCGGUAAUUUUCCUUGUGGUCAAAGCGGGAGGGUCCAACCCCUAGGGACCGGGAGCGGGCGAGCGGCGGACUUUGGAGUCGCGGAGCAACCGCGAUCCAGACGGCGGCGAUGGACGGCGACGGGGUCGAGGCGGGCACAACGGCGGCAUGGAUCGAGAGGCACCAGCAGAUGUACGAGCGGGCCACGCGGCACCCGUUCACCGUCUCCAUCCGCGACGGCACCAUCGACCUGUCCACCUUCAAGCGCUGGCUGAGCCAGGACUACCUGUUUGUGAGGGAAUUUAUCGCAUUUGUAGCUAGUGUACUGCUCAAGUGUUGCAAACAAGAAAGCUCAGACAUGGAAAUUAUCUUGGGUGGAGUAGCUUCUCUCAGUGAUGAGCUCUCUUGGUUCAAGAAUGAAGCUGCCAAAUGGGGUAUUGAUCUAGCUAGUGUUUCACAGCUCAAAUCUAACACGGAGUACCACAGGUUUCUUCGAAGCUUUACAGAGCCAGAGGUUAUCUAUGCUGUUGCUGUAACUACCUUCUGGAUAAUUGAAACCGUGUACCAGGACAGCUUCGGUUUCUGCAUAGAAGAAGGUAAUAAGACGCCACCGGAGCUCCUGGGCACCUGCCAGAGAUGGGGCAGCGCUGAGUUUAAACAGUACUGCCAGUCUCUGCAGAGAAUCGCGGAUCGCAGCUUGGCAAACGCGCCAGCUGAUGCUGUCAAGAGCGCUGAAGAGGCCUUCGUCAGGGUACUCGAGCUGGAAAUUGGUUUCUGGGAAAUGAGCUCUUCUCAGUCUUAAGUGGCAACGUAUACUCGAACGAAAUAAAUGGCUGCGGCCGCAGACCCAAGCAUGAAACAUGUACUGUAUUUUUACCUGUAGAUUGGUUUCACAUAACUCCUGUAUCGUUGUCACCUGACAAGUACAUUACCCUUCGGGCUCGGACAUAAAGAACUGAAAUAAUGUUGCCAUCUGAUAUCCAAAUACCGUGUCCAAUCUCAACAGAUUACAACUUCUGACACUGCAGUAUUAUCCAGACAUAUAUUGCAAUUUCUUCGUGUACUAAUUAAUUGGACAAAGACUCUUAAAUUCGUGGCAUAAACAAGACGUUACAUCUGCGAUAUUUCACAGCGUAUCACAUAUACAGAUAUACUCCUAGUAAAAUCAUGUUCCAGAAGCACACCAACAAACAUAUUCCUAAUGAUUGUUACAUCUUUGCCUUGGGAUUACAGUAGGAGCUCCUAAAUAUUUCUUGUAAAUAACAAACCAAUAGACAAACCUCGCUUUAUUGCAAACCAAGCCAGAUGAAA